UGAAAAAAAAACUUUAUCCUUAACCUCACAAUAAAUAAUUUUAAAAAAUAGUAAACAAUUGAUAAAACAACAUAUAUUAAAAAUGCAACGAUUUAAAUUAUUAAUAAAUCCACUUUACAAUAAUAUUAUUUCAACACAUAAACGAUUGUCUAUAAGACAAUUGUGCACUGAAAUAAAAAAUUCAAAUGAAAGCAAUAAUAAAUCUGAGCCAAAAUUAGAAGACGGAAGUGUUAAUAAACUAGAUAAUAAUGAAUUAAAUAUCGAUACUAGUGAUAGUAAAGACGAUAAUAAAUUGGGCGGAUUUGCAAAAGCUUUUGAUAAAUUUAAUCAGCCGGAGCCAGAAAAAAUAGUUGAAGAAAAAACUUUUGCAUCUUUAUUAAGAAAUUCAAAAUUUAUUGACCUCGGAGAUCCAGAAGGCAAAAUCGUAACUGGUCAAAUAUUUCACAUUGUUGAUGAUGACUUAUAUAUUGAUUUUGGAUACAAAUUUCAUUGUGUAUGCACACGACCAUUCAAAAAUGGACAAGACUACGUUAGAGGAGCAACAGUAAGAUUGAAAAUUAAAGAAUUAGAAUUGUCGACAAAGUUUUUGGGUGCAGCUAAAGAUUUAACAAUAUUGGAAGCUGAUUGUGUGCUACUUGGUUUAAUACAUUCACCGAUGAGAAAUGUUAAAAAAGUGCAGCAAUAAAUUACAAUGAAGAAAAAAAAAUUUGUAUUAUUUAAAUAUAUAUUAAUAAUUAAUAAAUAGUUUUAAUAAAAAAUA